AACGACCGUGUAUGAUGUGCUGUAACUGAAGUGCCCGUGUCUCCAUACGGGAUCCCGCUUCUACUACGUAUGCGGGGUUUCAACAGUCGGCAAUUAUCAUCAAGAAAAUGCAUGCUAUGCCGGGCUUCUAGAUAUAAAAGAUAGUACGCGCCGUAGCUCAGGGUUGUGUUUCAGAAGACCACCACCACGUACCACCAACAUGUCUUCCACCACUCUACCAACCGUUGUAUUUUUACCGGGUGCCUGGCACUUACCGAACUGUUUCGACCUGGUGAGGCAUGACCUGGAAUCUCUGGGCUAUGAGACCGAAGCUGUCGCCUUCCCAUCGGUAGGCACAGAGCCGCCCAACAAAGGCUUAGCAGAUGACGCGGCAGCCGCCCGAUCUGUGAUCGAGAGACUUGUAGAUCAAGGAAAGCAAGUCGUGCUUGCUGUCCAUUCAUAUGGAGGCCUUGUCGGUGCCAACGCUGUGGAGGGCUUGGGAUACAAACAAAGGGCUAAGGAAGGAAAAAAGGGCGGCGUCAUUUUGUUUGCCUAUAUUGCUGCUUUCGUAGUAGGCAAAGGCGGGAGCCUUCUCGGGCAGCUUGGCAACCAAUGGCUGCCAUGGAUGAUACCCUCGGCGCUCGAGGGUGAUCUUGGCCAGCAAAGUGGCUAUGUGACGAUUGAUAACCCUGAAGAAGUCAUGUACCACGAUGUUGAGCCAGAGCUUCGGAAAAAGUUGGUUUCGGAGCUCAAGCAUCAGUCUGCCCCAGUCUUCAGUGGUACAGUGACAUACGAGCCUUGGCUGGACAUAGAAUGUAUGUACUACUUCUCUGAGGACGACAAGGCCCUUCCUAUCAUGUAUCAGGAGAAGCUCGCGCAAAAUCUCCCAAGCGAAACUCUGAGAUACCGCUCAAAAACAUCUCAUUCGCCGUUUUUGUCGAAGCCUCGGGAAGUUGCAAAGGCUCUGGUUGAGGCUGCGAAAAUUGGACAGGAAAGGACUCUCGCCUGAUUGGUUGCUCUGAUUGGUUAUAGGUUCAAGUCGUAAGU